AUGUCCAAUCCGCCCGAUUUCGUUCAGUCGAUACUAAGCUCCAUCAAGCAGCAAUCAAGCACAAACACAGCCUCCAGCGUAGAUCGAUACAUUGCACAAACGAUCCAAUUCUUCAAAGCUAUUGACUGGAGUCAGCCUUGGUUGAUGGCCCUUGUUGGCUUCCACGCCAUAUGUUUUAUCACCACGAUCGCCCUACGCAACCAUCAUAAUGCGCUAUCACUCUAUUUCUUCCUAUUAUUGGGUCUGGCAGCCAUGACACAAACAUUGAAUCAUCUUGGUCAAGCGUAUUGGGAUCGUUUCUCGACCGUCAACUACUUUGAUGAGAAUGGCAUGUUCAUUGUUUCAGUAUACGCGUUUCCCCUUAUAUUCAACGGCUUCUUUACUCUGAUCUUUGUUCUGAAAGCUGCAGCCAACCUCAUGAUCAAGGUCAAACGAGCACAAUUACGGAGCCAGGCACAGGCUAAAAACAAAAAGAAGGAUUAG